UCCUACACUUUUCUCUUCUUUCUUCCUCCUUUCCUCGGAGCAAAAAUAAUACGUCAGUCUUUCAAGCGCGGGAAACACAUUUCGCAAUAAUGAUUAACAAUAAUCAUAGGACGCACAAUUAGCGUAAUUAACAACAUUGAACAUAACUGAUCGAGCUUUCUUGAAAAUGAGACGGGUUCUCUCUUCCUCUCUCUCUCUCUCUCUCUCUCUCUCGAAGGGAACAAAAGUGCACUCGCUGCACUUUGGUGCAGCCGAAGGGACCGACUUGACGCACGUGAAUACGCGUGCAGUUAGCUGUCAUUGAUCGAGCUGUCAUUUUCUCCGGCGAUUUACAGAAUUGCGGGCGCGAGAGAGGGAACGAAGGAAGAGGAGGCUCCUUCGAGGAAGACGUCCUUCGUACAAUUCGAGCCCUUCGAGCCCUUCGAUGUCGUCGACGCGAGGAGGAAAACGUCGGGACGUGACGCGCAUGUCAUCGCGCAGCUGUCACUCGUAAACAAGCCGUAACGGAGAGCGGUGUCAGGUUAUACAACUCUGUAUAUACAAGGUGUCCUGAAAAUAUCUUGCUAAUGUUCAAGAAUUGCAAGCGGUUUUCAACUUCAAUGAAUUUAAUUUUUAAAGCUAAAAAUAUAGUCGAGUGCUCCGAAGAUGUGUCUUCUUUCUUUGUGUUUUAUUUUCGUGAUGCCCAGGAACUGUCAGAAACUUGGAACACUGGAGUGCUGGUACGCUGCUUGGUCAAUGUCCUAUGGCUUUAAGCUUAGGUGUUAACCCAUCUAAAAUCUAAUAAAUCUCAUAGAGACAAGUGACUGGCUCGUUUGUAAAACCAGAAUGUCCGUAACCGAGGAAAGAAUUCAAGAAUUAAAUAAGCGUUUCCUAGAAUUAAUGAGCAAAUCAGAGAAUGUCGAGGCAGCCACAAAGGAGAUUUAUGAAGAUUUAUUGGAUGAAGUUGUGAUGGGUUUUGCUUUUGACAUGCAUCGUACCACCAAGACUGGCAGUUCCGACAUCGAGGAGGGCAUUCCCGAGGACGAGAACUAUGCCAUUGUUGAUUCGCCCGGACUAGAUGUAUUCGGUCAACACCCGGUGAAGAAAUCUCAGGAAUGUAACUGUCCGAAUUGCGAACGGAGUGUAGCCGCAUGCAUCUUCGCGAAUCACCUGGCAAAAUGUAUAGGAAUGGGCAGAAACAGUUCACGUAUCGCAUCGCUUCGUAUCGCCAACAAUUCCAAGGAUUUAAACAAUUACGGGGGCGUGUUGAGCGAUAACGAUGACGAUGUGGACUGGAGUUUGACCAACGACAACAACAAACGGAAACGUCCGCGCAAGGAUCGCAACGGCGUGAGCAAACGUUCGGCCAAGCAGCAGAAGCAACAGGGAAGCAGCGGCGCCAGCGGUAGCGGUUCCUCGCAGAGGAACGGCGAUACCACCGCCAUCGUCAGCGGCGGUAGCAGCGUUCACAGCAGCAAUGAGAGCUCGCCGUCGAACUACGAGAACAUGUCCCUCGUGGACAAGCGAGCGCUGCUCUCGCAGAUUUGCGGCGUUGUGUCUGAACACACGAAGAAGUUGUGCACCAGGUCGGUGCGAUGCCCGCAGCACACUGACGAUCAGCGUAAAGAGGUGCGCGCUAACUUGGACAGCUCCGCCAGCAGCAGCAGCAACCAGGACAAUCUCCACGUCGAUGUGGACACGUAUGAAGAAAGUGACAGCCAGAAUUUGCGGGACACGUUAGCAAGAUGGGACCGAGAGGGCUCGAGUCACUCCAGCCCGGCUGAUUCAGCUUCGACCACCUCGACCUCGUCGAUCAGUCGGAAGCGAGAAACCAAAUCCAAGGGAAAGGGAAAGGCAUCGUCGAAACGUGACCGCGGUUCACCGAUUUCCCAAGGAGACUGAGGCGAGGAGAAACGGUAUAAGAUUCUUCCUCGGUCUAGAAUUAUUUCUCGGCGGCAGAGAAAUAUUGUAUGAUAAUGUUCCUAUACAUGCUGUAUAUAGCUUGAAGGAGAUCUGGUCCUUCCAGAGAUAGUCACAAAGUCAGUUUGCGUAAUACUUAAUCCUAUCUCCCAAGUGUUCUUUUAUAAUGAUUAUUUUUAAGGAAAAAAAACUAAAUAGCUGUAAGAGUUUCAACGAAAGACGCGCGAAAUAUUAGUUUGAUCUGAACAUUUGUUAGAAUUGUGUGAAUGUAAUUUAACGUAUAAAGAAUUUCAUAUUUAAGUAAUAUACAUUUCUUAAAAUUUUCGUGUUUCUAUUAAUUACGUAUUUUAAGAAAGAAAACAAUGCAGACGAGAUAAAUUAUUGAUUGAUCGAGAAAAAGAAACGUUUUACUAUAUUUUGUGCAAUAUAAUUGGGAUCUUGAUUUUGUUUAUGAUUGCAGAAAUUUUCAAAUUAAAAUCUGGAACACUAUUUCUUAUGAA